AUGGCCCUGAAGAAGAAACUUAAUUUUUUAUGGAUAUUAGCACUAUAUUUGAUAGCCAUCAGACUGCCCAAGGCAUUCAGCAAAAAUCCUCCUCGGGUGCCAAGAAUCUCCGAUCCGAAAUUUAUAAAGGCGUUCCUGGACAUCCACAAUGAACUGCGACGCAAGGUCCAGCCCCCAGCAGCCGAUAUGAAUCAACUGUUUUGGGACCAGCAACUGGCAAAAAUAGCGAAAGCAUGGAGUAGAGAGUGCAAAUUUUCCCAUAAUCCCUGUACCUCAAAACAACAUGGAUGUCUUCGGGACUAUGACUUUAUUGGAGAAAAUAUAUAUUUGGGUGGAAUAGAAACCCAACCAGAAAAUGUUGUUAUUAAUUGGCAUAAUGAAAGUAGAAAUUAUAAUUUUGAUCUUAAUACCUGUUCUAAAGUAUGUGGCCAUUAUACACAGGGGCCUCAGACUGGCCCAUGGGUGCUCCUGGUUGGUGCCUCAGUCACUGGGAGCUCCCUGGGGUCUGGAGGGAAUUUUGUAGGCUACAGACCUUACACAAAAGGAGACUCCUGCUCUAUGUGUGGACUAAAGACAUGUGAGAAUCAUCUCUGCCGUCCCAUAAAUGGGGAAAAAACUCACCAGAGAGCAGCGUGCCAUGUGCUUGUGCUUGGUUUUAUUCUUCAGAGACUUCUUUAA